AACUCAGUCUCUUUUGAAUAUUCAAAGCUGGUGGUUGGUUCUGAUUCUGUUUCAGAAAUGGCUUCCCAGCUCUUAUCUCUGGGCUUGGCUCUGGCACUGAUCUUCCUAAUCGGCGGUCACUGGACAGAUGCACGUCCUCAGAAUCCUUACUAUGUGGAAAACGGAGGACAGGGCGGAUUUGGAGGACCAGAAACGCAUCAUCAUCGCCCGCAUCAUGGGCAUGGAUACGGACAUGGACAUGGACACGGAAACGGACACGGACACGAGCAUGGAUUUGGACAUGGACAAGGACAAGGGGUUGGUUACGGCUCGGGUUUCUCUGGAGGUUUUCCUCCCCAACAGUCUUCAACCUAUGGUCGUUACCCACCACCUACGUAUCCCGUCAACCAGUUUCCUGGAGGUCCUUUCUCUGGACAACAGCCUGGCGGCGGUCACUUUGGAAAUAGACAGCCCGGCAACGUCUUUGGAGGUCAACAGCCUGGCUCCAAUUUCAGACCUCAACCGGGUCAGGGUGGAGACUACAACAGAGGACAAUCAGGUUUCCAGCAGCCAGGAGGAAAUUUGAACAGGGGACAAACGGGUGGAGACUUCAACAGAGGCCAGGCAGGAGGAGAUUUCAAUGGAAGGCGACAGCCUGGCUUCCAGCAACCUGGAACAGGCUCCAAUCGAGGACAACCUGGCAUUCAGCAGCCAGGAACUGAUACGAAUCGAUCACCACCUGGCUUCCAGCAACCUGAGGGUGACCUCAACGCCAGGCAACCAGGCAGCAAUGAGCUGCCGACCUAUUCCCCCGGAGGAUUCCGGCAAACCGGCAGUGGUGAGAAUACCCUGCAGCCGCGACCAGGACCAGGUCAAAGCCCAGGAAGAGGGGGAGGUUUCCAGCAGCCUGGACAUCAGCCGGGAAGCUCCAGCAAUCCUAUUCAGCCUCGUCCAGGCAACAACGAAGAGGACGACUUCUCGCAGUUUAAUUUCCAAACUCCAAACAGUCUGCAGCCACGACCGGGACAGAAUCCAGAAGCCGGAGAAGCCUCCUCAGUGAUCCAACCCAUUCCUGGCCAGACUUCGACACGCGACAAUGUGGCUAACAAUCUGGGUGACCUCUUCAACACCCAGGACUACCUGUCACCAGAACUAAGCCAAGGAGUGGGAUCCAGGUCAGGAUCCGAGCGGGAUCCCAAGUCCGAGACUGAGGAGGCGCGCCCGGAGUCGGUGAAUCAGCGGAACCUUUUCGACACUGAUCCCAUCUGCACCAAUGGAACCGAGAGGAUGGCUGGACGUUGCCGGAAGAAGGCCUAGAAAGUGUCAAGAGUAACGUAACUCUUCAAUCUGGAAUAAUAAAUGUUUUAUCUACAUAUAUCUGUAAAAUUGUAAAACCGAGUUGUGCCAAUAAAUGUGCAUUGUUCUGAGUAAUUAAAAAGUACUGAGAACUUUGAGAGAUAUAUUUCCUAAAA